AGGACGUGUUGUGGUAUCUCGACAAGGCUCCGAAUCAAUGGCGACUCAUGCGCCGUUUUGAGGAGGAACCCUUGUCGUGGCCGAUGGCUUAUUUUGUUAUUAUUAUGUAGUAUAAGACAUUUUCACCUCGAUUCAAAAUGACCAUUAUUGUUUUUCUAAUUGACACUUCGGCCUCUAUGAAUCAGAGAGCCUAUUUAGGUGGACGCCCCACUUUAUUAGAUGUGGCCAAAGGAGCAGUAGAGACUUUCGUGAAGGUCCGUCAGAGAAUACCAGAGAGUCGUGGAGACCGAUAUAUGCUGUUAACUUUUGAAGAUCCCCCUAAUCAUAUCAAAGCUGGCUGGAAGGAGAACCUUGGCACUUUCAUGAAUGAAUUGAAAAAUCUCCAAUGUGUAGGCCUGACCACUAUGGGUGCUGCUCUGAAGAAUGCAUUUGAUGUUCUGAACAUUAAUCGUAUGCAGACUGGUAUUGACACUUAUGGCCAGGGGCGCUGUCCCUUUUUUCUGGAGCCAUCUGUUAUUGUGGUCAUUACUGAUGGAGGAAAGUUAUCUUGUGCCCAAGGUGUCCAAGGAGAUUUUAAUCUCCCCAUGCAUUCUCCAAUCCCUGGAUCAGAGCUAACACGAGAACCAUUCCGAUGGGACCAGCGAUUAUUUUCUCUAGUGCUCAGACUGUCCGGUACACCUGCUGUUGACAGGGAUUCAGGUCUAGUUCCCACCGAUGAUUCACCAAUUGAGGCCAUGUGCGAGGUCACUGGUGGCCGCUCCUAUAGCAUCACUUCACAGCGCAUGUUAAUGCAAUGCGUGGACAGUUUAGUUCUCAAAGUACAAAGUGGAGUGGUAGUUAAUUUUGAAAAGAUUGGUCCAGAUCCACCCAUCAUUACAGGUGAAGGAGCUAACAGAGGAGAUGAAAUGGAAGGAGAUAUUGAGUCAUCUGAUCCUGCAGACAUAGUCCGAUCUAACCUGUCUUGGCACAACUGCAGAAGGCUCAUUUAUGUUCCACGCAAUACUCAGAAGGGUUUUAACCUUGGGUUUUGGCCUAUCCCAGAAUCAUUUUGGCCGGAUAUAUCAUCAACUCUGCUGCCUCCUCGUUCAGCUCAUCCUAACAUAAAAUUUAUGUGCGUUCCCCAAGAACCAAUGGUCAUUGAAAAUUUACCAUUUGACAAGUAUGAACUGGAGCCAUCUCCCUUAACUCAAUUUAUUUUAGCGCGGAAACAGCCUACAGUUUGUUGGCAGGUUUAUGUUCCGAAUUCCUUUAAGAAUUCAGAUGUAGGGCAUCCAUUUGGUUAUUUGAAAGCCAGCACUAAUUUAAGUUGUGUAAAUUUGUUUGUGAUGCCAUACAAUUACCCAGUACUUUUGCCUUUACUGGAUGAAUUAUUCAAAGUUCAUAGAUCUAAGCCCUCUGCUGAAUGGAGGGCUCAAUUUCAAAAUUAUGUUAGAACAAUGCCACCCUACUAUGUUGGGCCACUUCGAAGAGCGUUGGUUCGAAUGGGAGCUCUUCCAAAUUUACCUGGUGUACUACUACCUGAAGCUUUGGACAACUUCCUUAGUUAUACUGUUCUUAACCACCUUAAGAGACUGAAAAGCACUGCCAAAAUGGACUAUGAUAAACUUUGCAGUGAAGUGAGUAACAAAGCUGCUUCAACCAUGAGUAGGCUUUCUUUGGGAGGUUCAAACAGUAAUGUGACUGAAGGUAUCCGUGUAGUGUCCAGGUCACCUCUGAAAAAAGACCUUGUGUCACACCCUUUGCUCCAUGAUAAAUUUAACAAUCUUAGAGACCAGCUCAGUGAAUUUGGAGGAUUUCAAGCAGGUAUAGAACGGAGCUCAGGAAUCCGCAGUGGACAAAGUUACCGCAAUGCAUUUGACAUCCCUCGGCGUACCUUAAUUGAUCAAGUUGUGAGAAUGCGGGCCAAUUUCCUUCAACCAACACUUGCGCAUACAAAAAUAAUGGAUGAAGAUCUUAAGCACAGUAUGCCUGUCUGUCAAAUGGGCAACUACCAAGAGUACCUCAAGCGAAUGCAGCCUCAACUACGUGAGAUAGAAUCAGUUCCUGUGCGCCAGCACAUGUUUGGAAAUCCAUUCAAAAUUGACAAGAGUAUGAUGGUUGAUGAAGCCGACAUUGACCUUGUUGGUGGUGGCGGAGGAGGAGGUGGUGGUGGUUCAGGUCAACGAGCCUCCAAGAGAAGUUCCUCAGUACGUAGUGCAGGACAGAUGUUAGCGGAUCCCAACAGGGGGCCGCCUAACAAACGGAAACCAGGCCCAAUACCAAGGGACAUGGUAGUACGUAGACCUCAGUCCCCGUCCCCUGGAGUGUCAUUAACACCUCCGUGUUCACCCUACCCCUCACCACCGUCUUCACCCACACCCAACUUAGAACCAAGUGUUCCAACACUUGCAUUUUCAGGAGAUGUUCCAAGUGCAGAUGCACAACAACCAAGUUUACCUAAUGGACCUUCUGCCGAUAUUGUGGAUGCUGAAGUAGAUGAUUACAGACCCAAAUCACCUGAGGUGUUACUUGUUCCGGAAGCUGCUGUAUCUUCUGUGUUGAUUAACACCCCGCCCCACCAACCCCAGGACAUAACAUAUUCAACAAAUGGAGAAAGCACAGCAACAGCAGCAACAGCACCCACCCCUCCUCCAGUUGCACCGGCAGCACCACCCGCCGCGCCAACAGCUCCUGCACCCCCUGUAGCAGUUGUAGCACCUCCUGCAGUUGCAGUGCCACCGCCACCACCAGUUGAUGCUGCCACUCCACCUGCAGUUCAUGUCAACAAUAUCACUAUCAACAAGGAACAGGCACGAAGAGAAUUGGCUGAAAUUCGAAAACACAAUCUGGACGUGCGCUCUAAAGUAUAUAAAGAAGUUCGACGUCCAGGGAAAAAUUUUGGACCUUUGUUGGAACAACUUGAAAACCUGAAGGGUGGUGUUGAUGUGCGUGUGCCAGUUCUUCAAGAAAUUAUCGACGAGUCUCUCCGCUUUAAGAGAAGGGCUCUUGCUACUGUGCUACAACAAUUUUUGACGAACUUGCAAGCCAACUCAACAUCUACUGCACCAGCUGUUCCUCCUCUCACGUCAAACAAUCAUAAUAAUCAUAACAAUCAUGGUGGAAUCAAUUAGUAGUAGCUUUUUUAGUUUUAAGAUUGGAAGUUGACAUGAAUUGAUGUUACUGCAUUCACACCAUUACAACAUGUUUGAGAUUAUUGCAUAAUUAAAUCAUAGUGACUGUACGUACUAAAUAACGGAAAUAUCAGAGCAUCAUGAAUUUGCUAAUAAAUGGCUGAAUGUGCCUGCGUGCAA